CGUAAGAAGGAGGCUCGGCGGUUAAUGGGGGGUGGGGGGGUAAGAAACACGGAGAGACACCUCCUUCCCUUCUUGUGCGCACAUGUUAUGCGGCCUCUCUGGCAGGAGACAUAACAGCAACGUAAACAGUCAACCGUGAGGGGAAAAGGGGGCUCUAUAUGCAAAAACAUUUUAUUUUCGAAUAUGUCACCUACAUGUCGCUUGACAUAACAUCCUGAAGGACCUGAAGGAGAGAAAGGAAACUCCACGCACGCUGUCAUAUCAAUUGGAUUGUUCCUGGUUUUUAUUUUUAUUUUUUUAUUCUUUGUUUAUUUGUUUGUUUUUUGGAAAUUGGGAGAUGCAGGGAGUCUCCAGUUCUCAUUUUUCACCUGCACAGAGUAAUUUCAUAACCUGGAACGAAGGGGAGGAAUUUUGAGACUGUCUUGGAGGAAGCAUCGGUACCAGAGCUACAUAACCCGGUUGUGUGGUACGUUUGUUUUAUGGCAGACAUUUUUUAAAAGACUAUUUUGUCAUAGAAAAAAAUAUUUAUCACCACGAAGACAAAAUUCAGAAUAUUAACGGCCCAUUUCGAAUUAUUAAUCUAACUGAGAAUGAAUGGUAUCCGGGAAAGAGUUACCAUUGGCAGAUGAUAUAGUGAGGAGAACACGUGUCCAAUUUCCCCUCAUUUUUUUCCCACCCCGAUCUGGAUUUUUAACUUCUCACGUAAACGAGGAAAAGGCUGAGAAAAGAAAGAACAGAACUGCAGUGGCUUUUUUUGCGCCGAGUUUUUCUUCUGAUGGACAUCUUGGCUUUUAGAUCCGAAGAGAAUAGUUAUAAUAUUCUCCCAUCGGCGGCAACCAUGCUUUUCCAUGGCCUCCCCGGAGGCGACGUGCACGGCGUGGUGGAAGAAAUGGACCGGAGAGGAAAGAGCGAGUCAGCGGCCAUCAGCUCAGCUAUCGAUAUGGGCGAGUCGGAGACGGCCAUGCCGUGCAUGACAACAGAGCGCGUGGCCCUGUGCGCAGGUUGUGGAAGGAAGAUCGCGGACCGCUACUACCUGCUGGCCGUGGACAAACAGUGGCACAUGCGCUGUCUCAAAUGCUGUGAAUGCAAACUCAACCUGGAGUCUGAGCUCACCUGCUUUAGCAAGGACGGCAGCAUCUAUUGCAAGGAGGACUAUUACAGAAGAUUUUCUGUGCAGAGAUGCGCUAGGUGCCAUCUCGGCAUUUCUGCCUCGGAGAUGGUGAUGCGUGCCCGGGACCUGGUUUACCACCUCAACUGCUUCACCUGCACGACCUGCAGCAAGAUGCUGACCACCGGGGACCACUUUGGCAUGAAGGACAAUCUGGUGUACUGUCGGCUGCACUUUGAGACUCUCAUCCAAGGGGACUAUCAGACACAUUUUAACCACGCAGAUGUGGUUCCACACAAGGGCCUGAGCCCGGCCAACACGCUCGGACUAUCCUACUUUAACGGUGUGGGAACAGUUCAGAAAGGCCGACCAAGGAAGAGGAAGAGCCCUGGACCAGGAGCAGAGCUGGCAGCUUAUAACGCAGCACUGAGCUGCAAUGAGAAUGACAGCGAGUCCAUGGACAGGGACUCCCAAUAUAGCACCAGUCAGAAGACCAAGCGAAUGAGGACGUCCUUCAAGCACCACCAAUUGAGAACCAUGAAGUCCUACUUUGCCAUCAACCAUAACCCAGACGCUAAGGACCUCAAGCAGCUCGCCCAGAAGACAGGCCUCACCAAGCGCGUCUUACAGGUGUGGUUCCAAAACGCUCGGGCCAAAUUCAGGAGGAAUCUUCUUAGACAAGAAAGCACUGGUGGAGACAAGACGUCCGACGGCUCCACACUGCAGGGUGGGACGCCAUCAGGCCCAGCCUCUGAAAUCUCAAAUGCCUCCAUGAGCCCUUCCAGCACCCCCACCACCCUCACAGACUUAACCAACCCCACAAUGCCCACAGUCACCUCUGUGCUUACCUCAGUCGCAGGCAGCAUGGACGUCCAUGAGUGUAGGAGCCCAUCACAGACCACACUGACUAGCCUUUUCUGAUGGACAGUUGCUUGACCACAACGACCCUUCCUCUGUUACGCCCUGCUGAAUUUUAAAACAAAGUUAACUCAUUUGAACAUUAAGAUUAGAAAAAUGAAGGUAAAAGAAACAAAAAAGAAAAAAGUUCCAAUUUUUCCUCUGAGCCGAUUGGAGACUUUGCAUUGUGUGGCAGGCAAGCCUCACAGAUGGAACUGUUGUUGUUAUUUAGAUGUUGUUGUCUUGUUAAGAACUGAAAAGACUUGAUUUGCAUUUUUCAAUGUUUACAGAAAGUGACUAAGGGGAGUAAAAACUGCUUAAUUUUUGGAAUAUUUUUUUUCCAACACAGUAUUUAUGUUGUUGUACAAGAGUCAUUGUUAGAUGGAUUGUAAAUUUUUUUCGUUGGAAAAAUCUGAGAUUAAAUACAGGUUACAAUACCCUCUCACUGCAACGUGCCUAUAGUCUAUUUUGUCUAACAGAAGCAAAAAAUUUAGACACGAGUAAUUUGUCUCUGGAGAGAAAAUGGUCUUUUUGGCCUAUGCCUGGGUGCAUUUUCAGUGCGUACUUAUGCUUGUAUUCAAUCAAUAAUUAGACUAAUACACAUCAUGCAAUGUUUUACCUAAAUAGGACAAUGGUAAUUCACUAACACAGUAUUCUUUCUACCCUUCUGAUAUUAGAGUUUUGACGAAAGUCCAAAGUUACCCUCAUGUACAUAUAUGUAGCAAACU